GAGAGGAGAGGAGAGAGCGGCGCUUCCUGCUGGGAUAGAAGGCACUUCCGCUCCCGGGGAGGGGAGGGCGGGACCGGAAGUCGACUUUGUCCUAUCACGCUCCGAGUGGGUCACGUGGUGGGAGGGGCCGCCCGUGUGGUGGAAGGGGCGGCUCUCUCUUCCCCACUUGUUGACCUCGACCCUUGGAGGACUGAGUGGCAGCGAAUGGCGGCGAUCGCUGCGGGGCUGCGGACGUUGCGAACACGACCAGCAUCGUGGCUGUUGACCCGCACCAUGGCUACGGGAGCAGCAGAACCACAGCACCGCAGCUUUGAGACCCUGCGUGUGACACCAGUGCAGAAACACGUGUUGCACGUAGAGCUGAACCGCCCCGAGAAGAGAAACGCCAUGAAUAUCGCCUUCUGGAGGGAGAUGGUGGAGUGCUUCCAGGACAUCAGCCAGGACUCAUCGUGUCAUGCCGUCGUCAUUUCAGGAGCAGGACCCAUCUUCACAGCUGGGAUCGACCUGGUUGACAUGGGCAACGAUUUCAUGAUGGUGGACGGUGAGGACACGGCCAGGAAGGCCUGGCAGCUGCAGCAGAAAAUCCGCGCGUACCAGGAGAGCUUCACCGUGUUGGAGAAGUGUCCCAAACCUGUGAUCGUGGCUGUGCACGGCGCCUGCAUUGGCGGAGGUGUCGACCUCGUGUGUGCCUGUGACAUCCGCUACUGCAGCCAGGACGCCUGGUUCCAGGUGAAGGAGGUGGACAUCGGGCUGGCGGCCGACGUGGGCACCCUGCAGCGUCUCCCCAAGAUCGUGGGCAGCCAAAGCCUUGUCAACGAGUUGGCCUUCACCGCUCGCAAGAUGAUGGCCCCCGAGGCGCAGAGCUGCGGUUUGGUGAGCCGUGUUUUCCCAGAUAAGGCUGCGUUGCUGCAGGGAGCCCUGGAUUUGGCCGCCUCCAUCGCAGCCCGCAGCCCCGUGGCCGUGCAGGGCACCAAGGUGAACUUGUUGUACUCACGGGAUCACCCGGUGCCUGACAGCCUGCGCUUCAUGGUGAGCA